GCAAACGCAGCACAUGAAACCUCCAGUGAUGCGAUGCCAAGGCAGCUCUUCAAACUCCAGGAGCGCGCAGUUGUGUGACCCGGCGCAACUUCUCCUCACCUCCGCCUCUCGCCCGAUGCCUCUUUCAGCGGGACUCAUCCUCACCGCCAAGUAAAAUAAAGUUUGAUUUCGCGGAGAUUCGGAGAUGAAUAACACCGGGUUCAACCAGACGGAGAGCGGACUACUCAACAAGACCGAGGAGUUUUUUUGCUGCAACUUUUCCUCCGUGGUGACUGAUAACGGCUUUGUGGCCGCGGCUCCGGAUGAGAGGAGCCUCUUCAUCAUGAGGGUGGUCCAGAUAGCCGUCAUGUGCGUUUUGUCCCUCACGGUGGUCUUUGGCAUCUUUUUCCUGGGCUGCAACCUUCUCAUAAAGUCGGAGGGCAUGAUCAACUUUUUGGUAACGGAUAGAAGACCGUCUAAAGAAACGGAGGCGGUGAUUGUUGGAGCCUACUGAUGGAUGAGGACAUGUUGCAUAUGUGUUGAUGGACUCGGAGACAACAUCCUAAAAAAAAUAUUAAAAAAUAAAUACAAGCCCUGUUUUAUAUCUGUAAUAUUUGUGGAAAAGGCUCUUAGGAGCAUACCAAGGUGUUUGAGGCUCACAUGUGUUUACCCUUUUUUCUUUUUCUUGUGGCCUUUUUAACGCCAACAAAGACUCAGAGAGCUUCAGUGCGCUGAAAGACAUUUCUUUGCGCGUUCAGUGACGCACUGUUAUAACCAGAGCAGCAGCAUCCUUUGUCAAGUUAGUGGCAAAGAUUUUGUAAUUGCUGCUUGAGGGAAAUCACAAACAAUUCCUCUCGGGUUGCAGAAGUAAUGGCGACAUAAAGAUUUAACAUUUUGCUGUGUACCUGUACGUUUUGGCAUACUGUAGACAAUACUCUGUUCUCAUGGCUUUUCCUGGCGAAAACUGCACGACUGUCUGCGUGGAAGUGGAAAAAGCCCAACGUGACGUGUGUCUAAUUGUUUCAUUUUGAAUAAAUUAAUUCUAUGAUUA